AUGGUCGAUUAUCAUCUGUUCGGUGACGUGCUUGCAUUUGAUGCAACAUACCGGUCCAACAAGUACAAGAAGCCUCUAGUAGUUUUCUCUGCAUCAAAUCAUCACAGGCAGACGGCAAUUUUCGGUUUUGCGUUGCUGGAGGAUGAGGAGGUACGUACAUAUAGGUGGGUGUUGUUGAAUAUUCUUGAUGUCAUGGAUAACAAGAAGCCUGCCGUUGUGGUCACCAACGGGGAUAAAGCCAUCCGGGCAGCCAUUGCGGAUGUGCUGCCUUUAGCCAGGCAUCGCCUAUGUGGGUGGCACUUGGAAAAAAACUGUGUGCUUAGGGUAAAAGAACCUGAAUUUCGAAAGGUGUUCAAGAAGGCAGUUUACGUAAACUUCGAUGUUGCGGAGUUUGAGGAGUAUUGGAGAACGACUGUAAAGAGUUUAGGGUUAAUGAACAAUAGCUGGUUCAAAGGCACCUACGAUUUAAGAGAGAGUUGGGCAACGGCAUAUCUACAGAGAACUUUUUGCGCCGGCUACAGGACAACUUCGAGGUGUGAGGGCAUAAAUGCAUUCCUCAAAGGGUUCCUUACGUCGACAAAUAGCCUUCUGGAAUUGGUUCACAGCUUGGACAGGGUGGUUAAAGAUUACCGCAAUAAUGAGGUCACGGCCCAAUUUUAUUCGUUAUAUUACAUGCCUGUACUGACGACCGGUCUUGACAAGAUUGAGCUAUUUGCCUCGAAGAUAUACACCAGCGUAGUCUUCAAGGAGGUUAGAAAACAAAUAAAAGGGGUUGGGAGUUUAUUGUUUUUGGGGAAAGACAGCAUAAGCACGACGUCCAUCUACAAGUUCUCAAGCAUGGGGAACCGUCGUAUGAUCCGCAAGGUGCUUUACGAUCCAACUGAGCCGAAGAUUGAAUGUGAUUGUAUGAUGUGGAACAGCGAAGGUAUUCCUUGCUGCCACAUAUUUUGCAUGAUGAAAUAUGAGGGUUUGGAAGAAAUCCCACCAGGUUUGAUACUGAGGCGGUGGUGUAUUGAUGCCAAAGAAUGGACGGCAUCAUCAACAGAAGGGACAGCGGGGCAUGACAGUCGAUUACUAAGGUAUGGCACGUUGUGCAGUGCAAUGACUGUUGUUGCCAAACUAGCUUCCGAUGAUGCAGCUAACUGCGAGGGAUGCAAUAGCUUCUUUGGCACAUAG